ACUAAGCAUCGGCCUGUAUGUUUCAUAGCAUGGUAUACAGACAGCAUUAGGACACAGAGGAAGCUGCAAGAGGAUUGACAACAAAGAUAGCACUGGACAGGCAGACACCCGAGGUGCUUUUAUCACCAUGAAUUUGUGUCUAAAGCUACUAGUGAUUGGAUUGCUUCUAUGGGACCAAAACAAGCUUACUUCAGGUCAAAUGAGCAACGGAACUGGUCAAAAGAACAACGGAACUGGUGUCUCAUCCUCCUCUGGCACGCAAGCACCCACUCUUAUCCCCACCAAGGAUCCAUCUACAUUCAAUAGCACCGAAGGUCCUUCCAGCUCUCACUCCCACCAACCCACAUCACCAACCUCAGAACCAACUACAACUGUCUCCUCUUCCACGAAAGCUAAGGAAAAUGAGAUUAAUUGCAGUCGCAUAGACAUUGACAAACCAUCAUAUAAAUCUCUGUCCGAAGAAUUGAAGCUGAAAAAUAUACCUAACGAAGUAAAAAAUAAGACUCUUACCUGUUAUAAUCUACCAUCCACCACUUCAGAACACACUUUCACACUUCUUCAAUAUAACUUCAGUGUUCCUCUGUGUACGUCAACGACAUUCCAAUGUGAACUUGAAGGUUGCAAGAAUAAUUUCACUUUUAUAUUGGAUGUGCCACCUAAAACUGGAAGUUACAAACACAACAUCAGCGCAGAUAACACCUGUGUUACAUUUGAAUGGACACCUGUAAAUGGGAUCAACUGCAAGGUGGAUGUGAAGAGUACCUGCACUAUUGUUGAACAAGUAAAUUACAGCAACAGCACCAAAGUGAAUAGGAACAUAAUCGAUUCCAAUGGACCUGGUGGGAAGAACGCCAUUAGAAGCAGAGUAAAGGAUUUGAAACCCUACACACAAUACGACUGUACUUCAAACCUAUUGUAUGGUGAAAACAUUAUAGACACGAUAUCGGCACCUGUAAAUACCACCAUUGGAAAACCAGAAAAAGUACAGAACUUGAAUUGUACAUCAACCAAUACAACAAUUACCUGUACCUGGGAAAAGCCAAAGAUACAGAAUGGACCACUAUCUGGAUAUAAGUUCAGACUGACAAAGAUGGGAGACAAUGAUCACGAAUAUAUUGAAAUAAAUGGAAGCACAAGCUCGUAUUACUUUUCAGAUUUGGAUCCUUUUGAGCAUUAUCAGAUUGAAAUUAAAGCAUUUAAUUCUGAUGGUGGACUGCUGUUUGAAGGGGAUACUGAACAUGUUGUUCGUAUGACAAAAGAAGGAAUACCAACUGCAGUUCGGGACCAUAAAUCAAAUAUUGGACCAGGAGGUAAUAAUGCAAUCACUGUCGAAUGUCGUGAGCCAUCGGACAUUAAUGGGAACGCUGGAGAAUUUAUUCUUAAGAUUAAUAAUGUCAUGUUAAGAAAAAAUACUUGUAAUUUUCAUAUCAAAGAUCUAAGUUAUCUGACAACUUACAAUUAUAAGAUCUUCUACAGAAAUAAUAAAUACGAUGGGAUAAAACUAAAAUAUACAAAAAAAACAUAUUACAAUGAUAAGGCCCUUGUUGGAUUCCUGGCUUUCCUGAUAACCAUCACAUCUCUGGCCCUAAUCUUUGUCCUGUUUAAAAUCUAUGACUUGCAGAAGAAAUCCUCAAGCAAUCAUGAAGAUAGCAUUCCACUCACCUUCCAAGCAGAUGAGAAUCAACUAUUGAACAUUGAGCCAAUUCCAGUGGAACAGCUCCUUGAGACAUAUAAAAGGAAAAACGCUGAUGAAGGGAGACUAUUUCUCGAUGAGUUCCAGAGCAUUCCACGUGUUUUCAGCAAAUUUCCAAUCAAAGAAGCCAGAUUGUCCUGCAACCAGCCUAAAAACCGCUAUAUUGAUAUUUUGCCUUAUGAUGACAAUCGAGUGGUCUUAUCUGAGAUACAUGGAGAGCCUGGAUCUGACUACAUCAAUGCCAGCUACAUUAAUGGAUUUAAAGAACCAAGGAAAUACAUUGCUGCCCAAGGUCCUAAGGAGGAAACUAUGAAUGAUUUCUGGAGAAUGAUUUGGGAACAAAAGUCAACAAUUAUUGUGAUGGUGACACGCUGCGAGGAAGGGAAUCGGAACAAGUGUGCUCAGUACUGGCCAACAAUGGAAGAAGAAACUGAGAAAUUUGGAGAUCUUGUUGUGAAAAUCACUGAGGAGAAAUUCUUUCCUGAUUACAUAACUCGGAAGUUGUAUAUAACUAAUAAACGUGAGAAAUCAGAGCGAGAUGUCACACACAUUCAGUUCACCAUUUGGCCAGAUCAUGGUGUUCCUGAUGACCCCAACUUGUUGCUCAAAUUGCGACGAAGGGUUAACGCUUUAAGCAAUUUUUUCAGUGGUCCUAUAAUUGUUCAUUGCAGCGCUGGUGUCGGGCGUACAGGAACUUAUAUAAGCAUUGAUGCCAUGUUGGAGGGUCUGGAGGCAGAGGGCAGGGUGGAUGUCUAUGGCUUUGUUGUACAGCUGAGACGCCAGCGCUGCCUGAUGGUUCAAGUGGAGUCCCAGUACAUCUUUAUACACAAGUCUUUGGUGGAAUAUAAUCAGUUUGGGGAGACAGAAGUCAAUAUGGCUGAGUUACCACUUACACUCAACAACCUUAAGAAGACGGAUACUCCCUCUGAACCAUCACAACUGAAGUGUGAGUUCCAGCGAUUGCCAUCGUAUAAAAACUGGAGACCGCAAGGCAGAGGGAACCAUCAAGACAAUAAAGAUAAGAACCGCAAUUCCUCAGUUAUUCCAUAUGAAUUUAACAGAGUUCACAUUAGGGUGGAAGAUGACGCAGAAAAUAACCAUGUGGAGGAUUCUGAGCACUCUUCCGAUGAGGAUAGUGAAAGUGAAGAUACUAUCUACAUCAAUGCAUCAUACAUAACAGGAUACUGGGGUAAACCGGAAAUCAUUGCAGCCCAGUCACCUCUUAAACACACACUUCCUGAGUUCUGGAAAAUGAUAUUUCAGAAGAAAGUAAAGGCAGUUGUUAUGCUGUCUACACCUGAACAGGAGAACAGCGAAGUUUCCUGUGCUCUAUAUUGGAAAGAGAAAAGCCAAACAUAUGAUGAUCUUGAGGUAGAGCUUACCAAUGAGAAAUCAUGUGGCAGCUAUACUGAGCGUUGUUUUGCGAUCAGAUGUAGCAAGAGGAAAGAUGUAAGAAAGGUCUCUCAGUUCCAUUAUGGACAGUGGGAGGAUGAUUUGUCCAAUAAGACCAAAGAGUUGCUGGAGAUGAUUGAGAAGCUGAGAAAGGACAUUCCACCCAAAGGAAUGAAUGAACAAAACAGACAUGACAAAUCAGUCCCUCUUCUUGUUCACUGCAGUGAUGGAUCUCAGCUGACAGGGACAUUCUGUGCUCUGUGGAAUCUUGUAGAAAGUGCCCAUACUGAAGGAGUCAUGGAUGUCUUUCAAACUGUGAAACACCUACGUAGACAACGCUCAGGGAUGAUAUCUUCUUGUGAGCAGUAUCAAUUCUUAUAUGACACCCUAGCCAGCACUGUGCCUGCUCAGAAUGGUCAGGUGAAGUCAUCUAGUCAUCAAGAAGACAAACUGGAGAUACAGAACGAAUUGGAGAACAACAUUCCAGAAGAAAAGAAGGAGGCAGUCAACAUACCGAUUUCUGCAGAGGAUUACUCAUCUAAAUCUGAGAUGGAUGAAACAGUCUCUAAUGGACCCAGUGCUGAAGUGACACUGAGAAUAGAUGAAUGAUAACCACAAUAGCUAUGAUACAGAGAAUAGGGGUCAUGUUUUAUUCUUCAGAUCCUUUUGGUCAACCAUGAAGCUAUCUCAUGAGGAAAGCUGGUUCCUUAUCUUAUACUGUAUGUAGAAGCAAAUGUAAAGUGUAUAUUUUGUGUACAUUAUUUGCAGUGAAAAAGUCAUGUGUAUAGCUGCACAAAUUUAACAACAUUGAAUAGCAUCAUUGUGCAUUGAUAGUCUACUUCUGCUCUAACAGCUAUGCAACUGCCACAGCUUAUCCUGAUGUGUCAUAGAGCAUGAUUGUUUGUUUACAAUUCAUUGGUGUUUCAGUUAUCAUAUACAGGUUGAGUAUCCCAUAUCCAAAUAUUCCGAAAUACGGAAUAUUCCGAAAUACGGACUUUUUUGAGUGAGAGUGAGAUAGUGAAACCUUUGUUUUUUGAUGGCUCAAUGUACACAAACUUUGUUUAAUACACAAAGUUAUUAAAAAUAUUGUAUUAAAUUACCUUCAGGCUGUGUGUAUAAGGUGUAUAUGAAACAUAAAUGAAUUGUGUGAAUGUAGACACACUUUGUUUAAUGCACAAAGUUAUAAAAAAUAUUGUCUAAAAUGACCUUCAGGCUGUGUGUAUAAGGUGUAUAUGUAACAUAAAUGCAUUCUGUGCUUAGAUUUAGGUCCCAUCACCAUGAUAUCUCAUUAUGGUAUGCAAUUAUUCCAAAAUACGGAAAAAUCCCAUAUCCAAAAUACCUCUGGUCCCAAGCAUUUUGGAUAAGGGAGACUCAACCUGUAAUAGUCUUACGUCCAAGCAGCAAAAAGUCUAAACAUUGCAGGCUGCAGUGACUGGUUACUGUAUAUUGCUCAUGAUCUUAUGUUUCUACCCAGGGUCGGACUGGCCCACAGGGGUACAGGGGAACCACCAGUGGGCCCCACUGCUUGUGGCCCCAUCCCCUCCUCUAGGCAUCAGGAUCCAGACUGUGCACUUGAGUUAUACAUUAGGCAUAUGUUACUAUAUACUGCACAGGACUAUGGUGUAUUUUGUACAGUGCAUUGCUGUUAUUAAUCCGGUACAUUAUCAUUCAUGCACUAGCAGUAUUUACUAUAUACAUUUAUCAAGGGUUCCAGUAUAUGCACUCGCGCCAAGCCUCCUAAGCAUGGGCCCCUAUCACUGCAUUUCCCUGGUGGUCCUUUCAUGCCCCAGUCCGACACUGUUUCUAACCCAGAUGCUUCUGUUUCCUUUUAUCAUUUUUAAAUUGUUAAGCUCACUCAGUGAGUUCAGUAGGGAACUGCAGAUAUGUCCAGCAUGCAUUCUUAGAGGAUAAUGUAAAAGACUUAUUGCCUGUGGUGAUAAUUACCAAUACAAAAUCUCUAUAUUUAUAAAAAUUGGGUUUCAGGUCUUGAAAUUUACUAAAUUAGCUCUCAGUAGCUUGUUGCAGCUUUUGCCCAAUUGGGCAAAAUAGAAAAAAAAAACAUCUAAAAAGAGCUAUAUUCAUUUUGUCCAAUCUAUAUAUUCAUCUUAGGGACAAUCACUCCAAAGCAGAUAAGGCAAUAGAUUUAGGCAAAUGGGGCUAGUCUUUAUCAUAUAUCUGCCUUUUUGCAUGUGAGUGUAUGUACAUUGAAAGGUUCAUUUUUAUGGUGUAAAGAUAAGUAUAUGGUAUGGUGAUUAGAAAAUUAAAAACUUAAAAGUCCUGCAGGUGACAAUAUGUUGAUGAUGCACAACAUUAUACAACAUUUCUAGAAAAUGUAGCUAGAUGUACAUUGGAGGAUAUGAACUAUGGAUCUAUUAAUGCUUAUGGGUGUCCAAGAAAUUAGCAAGGGAUAGCACCUGCCCCCCUUCUACCUGCUCCUCCCACCACCACUCUUGGGCUGAUUUAUGAAACACAAUUGGUUUAGCUAUUCAUCUGGUUAAAGUAAACAUUAGCUAAUCCUUCACUUCAGCUAUUUUAUUUUGUAUUAAAGCCAAUGCUGAAGUUUAAACAAAGUACAUUUUGGAGAGAUGGGGUAUAUAAUUUUCUGUUCAGAUAUGGUGCAAGAACUGGUAUAAUCCAUGUGAACACCCAUAUUAACGUAUUCACAUUAUGCUUAUGCUUAAAUAUAUGCAACCAUUAAAAGCUCCAUUUUUUAAAUAUA